AUGAGAAGUGGCCAAAGACGUGAAUCACAAAAACAUUAUAAACAACACGAGCAGUUGUCAUUUCCUCGGCCGUAUUUUCAAGAAAGAGAAACAAUUAGCAAUAUAAGUGCUCAAAGUGAAGAUAGUACAUUAGAUACGGAUUUAAACAGUGGUUCUUCACACUCUGCACAGUCUCCAUCAGUUUUGAGGGACGAAGAAGUGAUAAUAUCUAUUCCAUCGCCAGUUCAUACAUCCCAUCGAACAGGAUUACUUUCACCAGCUCAGGAAACAACUGACAAACCAAAGUCUACUGCUGCUACUUUGUUGGAGUAUGUAUUAAAGAAAAAUCAAAAUAACACUACAGAGGAAAAUCCAAUUGACAAGUUUUCAAUCUUACACCUUGCACAAUUGAAGAAAAAAUGGAAAAAUCUUAAGGAUGCCUAUAGAAAAGAAUUGAGGAAGAUUGCGACUUCACGCUCCGGGGACCCCAGCCCCGAUGACGAGAAUUCUAUGUCGGAGUGGAAAUAUUUCAGCUUAAUGACAUUUUUAAAAGAAGAAUUUAUGCCAGCAGAAAACGAGUUCAAUCUUACUGAAAAUGAGUAUCAAGAUUUAGAUGCUUCUUUUCGAUCUGAAUUCCAAUCUACGCUUUCGCCGCCGUCAUCUUUGGAAAAUCUCCGGCCACGUGAGGUAUCAAUGUCACCCCAAAACCAAGUACUUCGCAUUCGGAAAUACCUGUUUUUUCCCGCAAACGAAAAGUUACUGAUAUUUGGGCCGAAUAUUUAG